AUGAUUCUUGUUAUUGCGACUCCAUUUGUUAGGAUAGAUCUCAUUAUAUUUCCUUCUUUGCAGGGAGAAGUUACUCAAAGGUUGAGUAAUGCUAAGGAAGCAGCCAGCAAAUUGGCUGGAUUGCAAACUCACGAGGAUCUUGCCAAGAAGCUUCAGGAUGAGAUGGAGAGAAAUCGCAAGGCAUCAUCAGGCUCCAAGUCAGAUGGAUCUGGUAGGCGGAUGAAAGAAGUUGCUUGUCCUACUUGCACGGUUCAUUUGCAGGUUCAAGUUCCCAGCUCUGGUUCCGAGACCAUAGAGUGUGGGGUUUGCCAACAGCCUUUCCUUGUAAGUUCCCACUGAUGUCACAUCCUAUGGUCAGCGGAGUUGCCAUUUUUCUCUUUAAAUUUUAUUUUUAAUGUUAAAUUUGUUGUUUGUGCUGCCCAGAAGUAAUAAUUUGGAUUAGCAUGUGUUUAUCUCUUGGUUCAAAUUGGAUAAGCUGGUUUUGCUUUAUUUGCAUGUACAUGAAAGUUUGUGUUAUCUUCAAAAUCUGACGUUUCGGGUGAUAUGUGAAUAGGAUGGUUUGCUCACAUUUAGAAUGUCAUCAAUUUAUUAAUCUGGAACUUAGUUGUGGAUUUCUUUA